CACCGUCCACACCUACUCCGCCUCGGCCAUCUGACAUCUCCACGAGAUGGAUGCUAUUUCGAGGCAAGAGUGGGUGGAUGGGAUGUAAUCAUCUUCCCGUUUUGGAUCUGAUGCGGUGGGGAUACCUAUAUGCGGUAGGAACAUUGUUGUCAGCCAAGUCGAUGAGGUCGAUCUGGAAGUUCUUCAGUGUAUAUAAGAAUCCAGUAAGUUCCCCGAGGUUACCUCCUGUUUCUUCCAUCUCAUCAUCCUCACCAUCAAACCACACAAACAAACAAAUCUCAUCCUCCAAAGACCAAAAAGCCAAAGACAACUCUUUACCUAUCCUCCACCAACAACAACAACACACUCAACCAAACCAAACCAACUUCAACCCAAACCAAAAAAUGCAACUCACCACCCUCCUCGCCCUCGCCACCGCGGCCGUGGUCCCAGCCUUCGGCGCCGUCAUUCCCAGAGCAGUCGGCAAAGCCACCGUCCUCAACCACUGCUCCUUCCCCGUGACCCUCUGGUCCGUGGGCUCCUCCGUCUCGGCGCCCGUCGCCCUCGCCGCCACCAACGGCACCUACAGCGAGGAAUUCGUCAAGGACCCCGUGACGGGCGGCAAAGCGCUCAAGAUCACCACCACGUCCGACGGCCUGUACACGGGCGCGCCCGAGCUCAUCCUUGCGUAUUCGCUGGAUGGGGCCAACGUCUGGUAUGAUUUGAGCAGUGUCUUUGGGGACGCGUUCAAGGGACACAAGGUCACGGUGGCGGGCAAGGGCACCGGAAGCUGUGGGGCGAUUGAGUGGGCGGAGGGAACGCAGCCGGCGGGAAGCCAGACCAAGGUGUGUGGGAGCGCGGGGGAUGUGGUGUUGGAUUUGUGUGCUGCUUGAGGCACCUGAGAACCAUGAAGAGGAUCAAGGGGAGGAAGAGUAAAAGAAAGGGUACAAGAGUACCUAAUAUGGCUGUACAUAUAUGACGGAGGAAGAAAGGACAUGAAAGGGAGAUCCGGACUGGACGAAACAGAUACGACUUAUGGAUGGCAUGAAAACACGAUCGAAGGACGGAGAAGUUAGUACAUAUUUCCAAUAACGAAUUAAGCACAUAAUCACACAUCUUUUCAACAUCUCUCUC